AUGACGGCCAAGAUGAAGUUGCGCUCCCAGCUGCAUCUGCUCACGGGCUUCAUGGCGGGAUUCGUGCUGGCCUUCGUGCUCCUCCUCUACGUCUACGAUGUCAGCCGGGUGACGCCCUGCUGGAGCAGUUCCUCCACCAGAUCCACAAUCCCAGCCACAACGGCCGGGUUUGUGGAGGAACCACAGCCGCGCGUACUGUGCAUGGUGCUCACCUGUCCGGAGAACGUGCAGAGCCUGGCCAGGAGUGUCUACGAGACGUGGGGCCAGCGCUGCACUCGCCUGAUCUUCGCCAGCAGCGAGGACUACGAGCCACUGGGCGUGGUCCAGGUGGUGGAGCCGGUAGGCGGUGGCUACGAGGAUCUGUGGAACAAAACGCGCGAGGGAUUCCGCCACGUUUGGCAGCACUACGCCGGCGACUACGAUUGGUUCCUCAAGGCGGACGAUGAUACUUACGUGGUCAUGGAGAAUCUGCAGCACCUGCUCGGUGGCUUCGAUCCGGAUACGCCCGUCUUCUUUGGCUACAAGAUGGCGCGAUACAAUGUGAGUUAUAUGUCCGGUGGUGCCUCGUACAUUUUGAGUCGUGAGGCCCUCCAUCGAUUUGCAACACAAGCCUACGAAUCUGAGGUGAUUUGUCCGCAGCCCAAGAAGAUGGGCAUCGAGGACUUUUACAUGGGCAUAUGUCUGCAGAAUGUGGGCGUCCACUUCGUUGACUCCACACAGGCCUUGGAUGGAGACACCAAACCGAAGUUUAUGCCCCUGGAUCUGGAGCACUAUAUGUCGGAUGGCAAUUACACCAUUCCGGAUUGGCUGCGCCUUAUGAGUCUAUCUGCAGUUGAAACUGGCUUGGGUUGCUGUUCCAACCAUUCGGUGGCCUUUCAUUAUGCCAGUCGAGAGCGCAUGUUCCUCUACGAGUUUCUAAUCUAUCAUCUGAAAGUAUCUGAUUCUAACCAGAUUUCAGAAAGCCGACACAGAAGUCGAUUGAGCUUAUCUGAUUUAACGAGACGAUUUCCCCUGGAAGAUAACUCCAAUAUAAAAGACUUGCUGCAAAUGUCUGAGAAACCUGAUAAUUUUUAG